UCAGUACUUUGUGCUAUAAGCUGCACAAACACAAUAUAGCUUGGCGCCAUCCAUCCAUGUUUACUACAAAUAUUACUAUCAUUACUAUGACGAAUACUACAGCCGUUUCCUCCAUGUCCUGGCACCCAGUGUCCUGGCACAAUCGGAAUCAGGUUACCGAUAGUCACAUGACCCAUAUUGAUCUGUUGUUUCUCUGUCUUGCUGCGAUGAUGUCUGUUUGACUGUAGGAAGCUGGCAAUCAAGUCAGAACGGAGAGUGAGAGAGCUAGCGAGUGCACACUUUCGGAAUUAUCCUACCAAGCCAAGGGAUGGACUAGCAACGACACUGGGAGAUCCCAGUCAACCCUAAGGCCUUUUAGAUUCUGACUGCGUGAUCGUGGAUAUAAAACCAACACCAUCUCACAUAUGUAUGUUCCCGGCUACUUGUCAAACAUGAUGGCUACCGAGAGUUCCAAAAACUUUAUUGGCGGCUUCAAACCGGAGGUCGAUUCCACAACAUCAACGUCUAUAUACGUCACCUGGCAGGUGGAGGACAUCGUCGGCCCCUUCAUCAACGCGUUCCAGGUGCACUACCAGAAGGUGGCCAGCAGCUACAUCCAGUACAGCAACCUCCUGGAGGCAUCAGACAAUGGCUACAACAUCGAGAACCUGGUGGCCGACACCUAUUACAAGGUGUGCGUGGUCAUGUACCGCAAUGACACGAGUGACGAGAUCCGGCAGUGCAUGGACGCCAACACCAACAGCUGGCACAUCCCAGUGUCCAUCGGCAGCAGCAUUGGUGCCGUGCUGGCACUGUCAAUCAUCGUGUUCAUCGUGCUGUUGUCGCGGUGCCCGUCGCUCAUCCACUCACAGCGCCGCCAGGUGACGUCCGACUCCAGCAAGUACGACAGCAUGUCGUCGCACUACCCGGACGACCACCAUGAGUUCAGCGAGUCCACUGUCCACUGCACGGGCCAUGACCACAGCAGCGACACGCUCUCCGAGCACCAGCUGCACCGCGAUGAUGGUGGCACGCUGGCGGGAGGAGGAUCCAUGUCGCCACUCACGGAACAGGUCAAGCACGGAGCGGGAGGGAGGAUGUGCAACGGGAACAGGAACAUCGUGUUACAGCAGCACACGCACCGGACUAGGGUGUUAAAUGAGCGCAUGUCGGCACACGUGCACCGCUCACGCCCAUAUCAUCAUUCGUUAAUCCUCGAGCGAACGCAGCCGGCGAUGCUGUUGCACACAAAUUCUUUGGACGAGCGACAGCGGCCGGUUUUGUUUCACACAACAUCUUUAGACGAGCCGAUUCAUCCGAAGGAUUUUCCUGUUUGAAACUCAGCAGAAAGAGAGAGAAAGAAAGAGACGUCUUUUCUUUCCAUCAGGAAAAAAAUAUUAUGUGUAUAUACAGAUGGAGCCAGAUUAAAUAGGAAGUGGUCGGCAGUAUUCAUAUCCAGUGGAAUGUACCAGUACCUGUAUAUUGAUUGGUAUAUGUAUUAUUGGUAAUAAUUUUUUAAAAAAGGUAAUCGUAACGAUGGACCCAACUGUGUGAACACAAUGUGUUUAAUAACUGAGGUGUCUUUGAGCACAAAUUUCUACGUCUGUGUAUAUUGUGUAAAAUUAAAUCUUAUUUUCUUAUUUUUUCAGAUAUAUUAUUUUGGUAUCUAUUUUUAUGUGAUCUAUCAGUCAGGUAUAUGAUACAAUGUGUUACUUCUAUGAACACUGUUUGCUCUAUGUCAAAAAGGAGGAAUACAUGUAUAUAUUCAAUGUUCAUGUUGUUGCUGUAUUGUUUUUAAUUUCAUUGUUAAAUGUAUAGCACACAGACUGUAAAAGGCUGAGAACAUGAUUUCUGAGUUGAGAACAGGGACUUAUAAGGAUAGGGAUGGGGUGGC